GACCGCUGCAGAGCUUUGACCUGCCUGCCUAUGCUCGAGCGGCCAGCCAAGGCAGCGAAUGCGUACAAAUACAUACGGUAGGCAGGUAGGAGGCGGCAGCGGUAUCUUGCUUCCAAACGCGACCUCAUCAGAGCAAGACCCGGAGGAAACAAGGAGAGGCCAGAGCGGCCUGUCACAAGGCAAAGGACAGAGGAGGUGCUUGUUCAGGUCUCCUGCUAGAUCCGGAGGCGAUGGGCAGGGGCGUGCUGGAGGUGCAUCUCGUCGACGCCAAGGGCCUCUUCGGCAGCGAUUUCCUAGGGAAGAUCGACCCGUAUGUAAUCGUGCAAUACCGGAGCCAGGAGCGCAAGAGCAGCACCUCCAGAGAUGAGGGGAGGAACCCGAGCUGGAACGAGGUGUUCCGGUUCCAGAUCAACUCCUCUGCGGCCAACGGGCAGCACAAGCUCUUCCUCCGGAUCAUGGACCACGACAACUUCUCCAGCGACGACUUCCUCGGCCAAGCGACGAUCAACGUGACCGAUCUGAUCAGCACCGGCAUGGAGAGCGGCGCGUCGCAGCUGAACGCGGCAAAGUACAGCGUUGUGUCCGCUGAUAACUCAUACCACGGCGAGAUCAGAGUAGGCCUCACGUUCACCGCCACCAAGGUUGAAGAAGACGGAGGGCAGGUCGGAGGCUGGACGCACAGCUCUCGCGAGUAGAGCAUGUAACGUCCUUGCCCUUCGCUCGUAGCUUUAGUGUUGGAUGCUAUGAUGUCCGUGACUGAAUGAUGUGAUUCCAAGUGUAUGUACGUUGCACCUGUAGUAGCUUUUUAGAAGAUGUAUAUGUACUAGUAGCCAGAAGUCAGAACUCGUAGCAGGCUAGAGGCGUCAAUUCCGUUAAUUAAUUGUCGAUUUGUGGUUCUUAUUUUAGGGGGAAUUGUGAUUCUGGAUGCGAACAACAGAAACUUUACCGUCGCUGAAUGCUUGCUGGUGCCUUGAUGGACA